UUUUUAAAUGUUAUUCAUUGUGGUAAAAUACACAUGACAUACAAUCGACCAUCUUAACCAUUUUUAGAUGUUCUGCCCAGUGGCAUGAAGCACAUUCACACUGUCAUGAGACCGUCCUCACUGUCCUCUUUCAGAACUUUUCAGCUGCCCAAACCGAACCUCUGUCCCCAUGAGACCCUGACUCCCCAUUUCCCUCUUUCCUAUUGUUUUGUAUGUUAUUUUCAUUUGUCAGGUCAUCUCAACAAAGAAAGCCAAACCUCCCAGCAGUAAAAACCUGCAACGCGAACCCCCAUUGCCUCGAACCUCCCAGAAGCAGGGACACGAGCCCAGGUGAAGACAAGCCCGUCUCAGCUCAUACCCACAGCUCCCCGGAGGGUGUGCUCUCGCUCGCGGUCACAAGUAACAAGCUUGGAUUUGGUCAGCCUCGGGUGUGUUCCUGACGGUCUUUGGGCUGGGGGGGGCACUGGUGUCCCUAAGGGCACCUCGGAGGUCUGCGAGCCCUGGAGUGACAUUAAGCAGUGCAGUGACUCAACGACCGAAGACGUUGGCUCGUCCUGCGUGGGGAGUGCUGAGAAGCAGACAAGCAGGAAAAUUCUGGAAAAUGAUAAUAAUGAACAUACUGCCUCCAAUCCUCACUGCUGCUUUCUGAAGCCCCAUUUUCCAGAUGGCAAAACUGAGGCUUCGAGAAGUCAAGUCACUUGCCUAGCUCUCUUGAGCUCUCCGGAGGCAGGAUCCUCUGGCCUCACUCCCGUUCUUCUUCCCAGCUGCCCUCAGAGUGGCUGGGGACCAUUGUGACAACGCUGAGUGAGGGAAGCUCUUUGGUCACAAUGGGCAGAACUGGACCACGCGGGGACACAGCCUCGGAAGGAACAUAUGAGCAUCUUCUGGGAGACCGGGGACACAGGGAGUCCAGAGGGUCAGGCCGGUGGCCAAGGGCAUUUCCUAAGACGCAUUAGUCCCCAUGCCACCCCUUGAGCAUUGUCUGUCACCCCCGUUGUCACCUCCACAAGAGCACUGGCUCUUGGUCUGUUUUGUGACCUGAUGUUCCCCCUGCCAAGGACCUAGAACAGGGCCUGGCACACGGUGGCGCCUUGUCCCCCGAUGGCGAUGGCCGCGGUCGCCCUCCUGCCAUGCCCGAUGUCCCGGCUGGACUUCCUCAAGGCCUCGCACUUUGCACUAGGGCCGGAUCCGCGGCUGCACGUGGACGCCAUGCAACCCACGUCGCACCGGGACUUCCCGGCCUACCCGGGCGUCACCCGCGCGCUGUCGUGCCAGGAGCCGCCCGUCAGGUCCUUCUUCCGACAGGACACGCGCGCCGCAGGCGCGGAGCUCCAGUCGGAGGCGCACCGCGCGUUCGCGCCCCUGGCGCCGCAGCCGUCCGCGCCGUCGGGGACGCGGGAGCGCACCCUCGCCACGCCGGCCACCAACUUGCGCGUGUACGCGCCCGCGCGCUCCCGUACCGGCCUCUCCACCGCGCGCGCGGACUUUGGCUGGCCGGAGCUGCCGGCGCGCGCCAGAGAGCAGAUCCGCGGCGCGCGCCUCAUCUUCGACCGCGACUCGGUGCCGCCCGGCGACCGAGCCAAGCUGCGCAUCCCGCCCACCACCUACCAGGCGCUUUUCCCGCCCCACGACGCGUGCCCGCGGCCCCGCGCGCCCUGCAGCCACUUCGGGGGCAGCAACGCACUCCAGUGGGACCACAGGAGACAGGACGAUGGGACCUCCUACCAGAGACAGUUUCAGGCCCUGCCAGGCCCACCUGCCUCGAUGUGUAAGAGGGCCUCCUCCAGUGUGGAGCUGGGAGACCCCAAGAUUGGCUAUGGGCCUGUGUGCUCCGAGCAGAGACAAGCCUACGGGCCCCAGGGUCUGCCCCCAGACAGGUAUGACAAGGCCCAGGCCUCGGCCCACAUCCACUAUGUGAAUAUUCGUCCUGGAGAUGGGCUCUUCCGUGACAGGACCACCGAGGCUGAACACUUCUACCCCCGAGAGCCAGAGCGUUUUGUUCUUCACCACGACCAGACUCCGGCAUCGCACAUCCUGGAAGGAAAUCGGUGCCCCGGCCCGGGCAGCCUCACCACCUCCGUGCACUUCUUCCACGGCCAGCCACUGCCCGUGAACAAGCCACCCAGCUGCCACGUGCCCCACGAGAAACUGCAGAGUCACGUGGGCCUAGGGGAGUCCUCGCUGCUCGGACAGUUCUUCCAGACCUCCACUGGCACAGACUACUGCUCCCCGGGCACCAUCCAGAAGCCGCAGAGAGCGCCCACUCUCCACUUGCUGCCUAGCAACCUGCCCCGGGGCACCGGCGAAACAGAUUUUUUAACCAUGAACCAGAAGAUGCUGAAGCCGCAUAGAACAGCUCCCGCCUCCGUGACUGACGAGAUGCUACAGCGGUGCAAGUAUAACCACAUUGAGCCCCCGCUGGGUGGACGGCGCUUCUUCUCAACCCAAUACGAGGAUGAGUUUGCCUUCAAGUUCCAGGGCCCAGCGAUGCUGAGAUCGGCCAACCUCCAGGACAGCCAUGUGCCUCUGGGCUCCCCCCGCCAGUGGGUCUGUGGGGCUGGGAAGGUAGACCUUCAGACCCCCCAGCCCCCUACUUACCCAUGCCCUAGCCAGCAAUAAACACUGUCUUGGCAACA